AUGGAGACCGAUGCCUCAAAGCGCCGCUCGGUUCGUCAAGCCAUAACUCGAAAAAGAAGUUUGUACAUGGACCCGGACACGGAUGACGACUUCGACAUUGCCGAUGCUCGGGAAUCCGCCAGCGAGCAUCUCCAAUCUCCAGAACCUGAGCAGAAACGACCAAAGAUAGCGAAGAGGCCAACGAGCAAACCAUCUCCACGAGAAACCAGGUCAGCGGCCAAGAAACCUGGUCACAAAAAGUCGCCACCCAAAAGGAAGACCAAACAUGCUUCCAAGCCAACAAAACAAGCUGCACCUGUUGUGCCUCUUAUUCCAAGUGAUGGAGUAAUACCUAAGUGGGAGACACUUCCAUACGAGAUUCUGUUGCAGGUAUUCAGUUAUGCUUUCGCUGCCGAACUCGAGCAUGAAACAGGUGGCGUUGCGAGUCGAAGGGUCAACCAUCCGAACACAUGGAUCAUGAGGACGGCUCGAAAGGUCUGUCGAGCCUUUUCAGAACCAGCUUUGACAGCGUUCUACCGAGCUCCAAGUCUUUUGGCAGCAAGAUGGCUGGAAGAUUUCUCAACCAUCAUCAAGCAGCCCAAUGACCAGCACUUGUACUCGUACAAUAUGAAAGUCACCAGCUUAGAAGUGUCUGCUAAGAAUCUGGAGUCCUUUGCCAAAACCCCUUCAUCGUCCUUUGCUGAGACCGUAUCAAAGCUGCCGCGACUUUCUUCGUUGACCAUCACGCAUCCCUUGGACGAACCACCGUUCACUGAGUUCAUAGCCCAGGCCCAUCAAAGACCUGCCUUCCAAAGCCUGCGUCAUAUGACCAUCUCGCAUCUUCCACCGAGAGCAGCAGCACUUGAUGCCGAGGAGGAGGAUGCUGCAGAUCUCGCUUUUGGCAAGAUCUUUGUUAAUCUGCCCAACCUGGAGACGUUGUCCUUCGAAAGUUGCGAUCGUCUCUCUGAGCCCAUGUUACUUCAACUACCAACCACUCUCAAGAUCGUCAAGUUCAUCAACUGUAUGCCUCUUGAUUCGGAUAUGCUGGGCAGCUUCCUCGGUAGUCAUGGUCAUUCGUAUGAGCUGGUCCUCGACCACAACCCAUUCCUCGACCUCGCAUUUUUCACCGGUUUGCGCACAACUUGCCCACAGCUCAAGUCUUUGAAGAUGGAUUUGUAUGACCACAGAGAGAAUUACUUCCGUCAUUUCGGAGAACCAAAGUAUGAGAAUCUGUUACUCGAGGACGAAACUCCAACUUGGCCUUCCACUCUCCAAACCUUGGAGCUUAACCUCUUCCGCUCGCUAGUCGAAUCUGCCGAAGCUUUACCAGAUCUUCGAAGGUUGGUUCUGCAAGCUCACAUCAACAUUUCUUGGCGAGACAGAGCAGCUUUCAGAGACCAGUGGAUUGAACGUCUUUGCCGAGUAUACCAGCGCUAUCCUCAAAACCCCGACUCAAAGUUCGCAUCACUCAAAGCUUUCGGGCAAUGGAAGGAAGCACAGGCUGCUAGUGCUGCAGCCAAGUCGCGUCGCUCACUAAGCCAUGUUGAGAUUGUUGUACGCAAGCCUUCGUUGGUCUCUCAGACUUCUCAAGCUUCAGAUGACGAGCCUCUGGCCACACGUCGCGCCAGGCGUGUUGUCAAACCAGCCUGUCCACCACCACUUCCUAUCCCGCCAGCCGAGAUCAAGGGCCGUGGUCGCCGUAAGCGUGGUCGUAGAGGCUCUGACGCCAUCUCGGUCGCUUCUGAUGACAACACCAAAGGGGGCGAAGAUUGGCGGCACACACCCGAACGCUUCAUUCAAGGACUUUGCACUGUCGUCGAUGUUCGUAUUGACAAUCAACGACCACGUGAAGAGCAGUUCAACGAGUCACAUUUCCUGGACUCCGAGGCCAGCGGUGAUGAAGAAUGGACAGAAGGCGCAGAAGCCGAUGAGGACGGAUAUGCUUGGUAG